AAGGCACGAACAUCACAUAUUUCAAUCAAAUAAUUGUGAUUUCAAGAAUCCGAAGACAAGCAAUGGCUACCUUUACCCACAUCGUUGUCGUUUUUGUCCUUGCAGUUGCGGUGCUACUUCCGUCGACCACCAUAGCAACUGAUUACGUGGUGGGAGACGACAGUGGUUGGACGACGAAUUAUGAUUAUCAAGCAUGGGCCAAAGGCAAAGUUUUCCAUGUUGGUGACAGACUAGUGUUCAAAUACCCACAAGGCGUGCACAACGUGUUCAAAGUGGACGGCAGUGCAUUUGCUAGUUGCACUGUUCCGUCACCGGGCACCGGUCUUACAUCCGGGAACGACGUUGUGACCUUAAUGACCCCGGGUAAAAAAUGGUACAUUUGUGGUGUGGCAACACACUGUGCCGACCUCAACCAAAAGUUGGUCAUCAAUGUCGAUGGAGGAUGGGCGGCACCGGCACCCGCACCAAACAGUGCAACCAAGUACGGAUAUAAGAGCUUCAUGGCCAUCGUUGUUUUGGCAGUAUUCCUCAUGUUUUAAUUAUGAUAUGUACUUUUAUUAAUUCAAUUCAUGUAAUAAUAAUAUGGCUCUUUGAUAGGCCAUUAUGGAACAAAUAUAAUAUGAGUUACUAGCAAAA